GGAGAGACCAGCAAGGGCGUGUCCACAGUCGUUGCCAUGGCGUCCCCGAUGAAGGUUCCCCUGAGCACGUCGCCCCUGGCGUCCUCACCCCUGGGGUCAUCGCCCCUGGCCCACUCCCCACGGAGAUCUCCCAUGUCGUCCCCGGGUAAAGACGGUUUCCUGCUGCCCAGUCCGCUGCCCACCAGGAGAACCCGCACCAGAUCAACGUCACUACGAGCCUCGGCAGGACCCAUGAAACGCGGGAUUGUGAAGAACUUCUGUCGACAGAAAGGUCACGGCUUCAUCAAACCACAUGAUGGUUCAGACGACAUCUUUGUGCACAUCUCAGAUAUUGACGGAGAGUACGUCCUGAAAGACGGAGACGAGGUCACCUAUAAGGAGUGCCCCAUCCCUCCCAAGAACCUGAAGGUACAGGCCAUCGAGGUCACCAUCGCCAACCUGGCGCCGGGAACAACCCACGAGAGGUGGGAGGACUACAACCCUCGCGACCACAUACAUGACCCCUGAACUCUGACCUGUACCCGGGCAGUAGAGGUUAAAUGCUGAAGUUCAAAGUUCAUGGUUGAAGAUCAGAUAAACAUGAUCAGUUGAAGAUGAA